ACCUUGCAGUAAGCAUUCUUUGGAUUUGUGGUGAGUGAAAGAGCAAGUACAAAGCAAUGGAUCGAAUCCAGAAAGGCUCUCAAAAUUUCAAUGCUAAUAAUGAUACCCACUUCUUCUCCUCCUCUUCCUCCAUUGAUCUGUGUAGAAAGGAUGCAUCGCCCAUGACUAGUGUUAUGUCGCGUGGAGAUGAUCACAACACUUUCACAACACCCAUCUGCUCCGUCAACAACCAAACCGAAACCAAAAUCAAUGGAAAAUCAAAAAACGAGCAAAAGACUAGAGUGAGGAGAAAAGAGUAUAAGCAUCCUGUCAUCAAUCAUGCGAAUUCGAAUAAGAAGCGUUACAGAGGAGUGAGAGAGAGACCCUGGGGCAAAUGGGCUGCAGAAAUCAGGGACCCAAACAAAGGAAUUCGGGUAUGGCUUGGCACUUUCUCCACUGCGGAAGACGCAGCCAAAGCUUACGAUGAUGCUGCUUUAAAUUUCAGGGGCAGGAGAGCCAAACUGAACUUCCCAGAGGAAGCAUCACUUUCCCACCAUAAUGAUAGCAAUAAUAAUGGUGGUGUGAACUCAAAUCAUAAAGAUGUUUCCAUUGCUUCUACUGUGGAGAUUCCAGCCGCACCCUCAAUAUUAACAGAUUUCUCUUUCACACCCACUUAUGAAAUGCAAUGCACAAGCACAAUUCGACAAGCCGCCGCUUUUUCUGACUUGGUCUCUUCUUCACCAUCUUUAUCUCCAACCGCCGACUUUUGUGAGAAUUCAAGUAAUUGUUAUCUUCCUUAUGAUGAAACUCGGCGCUAUACUGGAUUUACAAGGCAGCAGCAACAGCAGUUGGCUGCUUGGUUCAGCCCUACCCAGCUAAGGAAAUAGGUAUGAACAUUAGCAGCAGCAGCGGAUGCUUCUUUAGCAGUUAUUGUGAUCAGGAUUAAAUUGGGAAAAUAUUGAAAUCUAAUUUUUUUCAAAAUUUUCUAUGUUUUAGUAAAUUGCAAUUUUGAGGGUCUUCGGUGCAUUUUUGGACAAAUGUUGUGAAAUUUGGUUCUAGAUUAUUUGAAUACCUUUCCAACGCAUCAAACGGUUUGUAAUUCGGAGCUAGGAUGAGAAAGUUAUGCCUUCUCAAAGUGGACUGAAAUUUUAUAUUUAGUUUUUUGAUAAUUUUGAUAGUUUUAGUAGUUUAAUUGUAAUAAACAUUAUGGU